AGCACAUCCAGGCUCGAGAAUCAGGUGCACCGCGCUGUCGCCCUCGCAACCAGUGCCCCGCGAUGAGCAAGCUGAAGCUCACGGGCGAGAAGGUCUGCAACAGUGAUCCCAAACACCCGGAGGUGCCGUUGCACGACUUGGGGUGCAAGGUGUGCAUCUGCGGCGGCGGCGGCUUCAUCGGCUCGUGGCUCGGAAAGGCCCUGAAGGAUCUCGGCUACCACGUGAUCGUGGCCGACUGGAAGCACAACGAGUAUUUCAAGCAGGAGGAGUACUGCCACGAGUUCAGGCUGCUGGACCUGCGGAAGUUGGAGAACUGCAUCGAGGCCACCAAGGGCUGCACCCACGUCUACGCGCUUGCCGCGGACAUGGGCGGCAUGGGCUUCAUCGAGUCCAAUCAGUCUGUGCUGCUGUACAACAACACGAUGGUCAGCUUCAACUGCCUGGAGUCGGCCCGUGUAAAUGGAGCAAAACGCUUCUUCUAUUCAUCCACGGCCUGCGUUUACAACGAGGACAGGCAGCUUGACGUUACCGAUCCGAAGCUUAAAGAGGAGUACGCGUGGCCUGCCAAGCCUCAGGACUCAUACGGGCUCGAGAAACUGUACGCUGAAGAGAUGGCUCUGACAUACGGCAAGGACUUUGGCAUCGCAGCGCGCAUCGCGAGGUUCCACAACAUCUACGGCCCGAACGGCACCUGGCAGGGAGGCCGAGAGAAGGCGCCGGCCGCCUUCUGCAGAAAGGCGAUCACAAGCACUGUCGAGUUCGAGAUGUGGGGCGACGGCAUCCAGACGAGGAGUUUCGUCUUCGUCGAGGACUGCGUGGAGGGAGUGAUCCGGAUCAUGAUGUCCGACUGCGACGUUCCGCUGAACCUCGGCACCGAGGAGAUGAUCAGCAUGAACGACUUCGCGAAGCUCGUCAUGUCCUACGAGAGCAAGGACCUGCCCAUCAAGCACAUCCCGGGGCCGCAGGGCGUCCGCGGCAGGCCAGCCCCGCCCCACCUUUCGGGCUGCGACGCCGACGACGCCGACGCCGCCGUCAGUGACGACCGCUGCGGCGACGACGCCGACGACGGCUCAUGUAGGCAGCACUCCGCCAGGAACUCGGACAACACGCUGAUCAGGGAGAAGAUCGGCUGGGAGGCGGGCACCCCCCUGGCAGUUGGCAUCAAGACCACAUACUUCUGGAUCAAGGAACAGGUGGAAAAGAUGAAGGCGUCCGGGAAAGACACCGCUACCCUCAGCCAGUCCAAGAUCGUAGUGCAGGACACCGCCGUGCUCGACGGCGUGCUGGAGAAGGGCUUCGUCCGGGCCGCCGACGGCACCGAGAAGACCACGCUGGAUGCCUCCGUCUGCUGCAACAACUCGAAGCUGGAGAGAUAAGCUCCGAGGUGGCCGACGCGUGACGCGUGACGCGCGAAUCGGCGAGUCGGCCGUGGCGCUUGGCGCGUGGCGCGUGGGCGAGGAGGAGAAGGAUAGAGGAUUCUGAUGAUGCUAAUGG